UCCCUUGAUAGUUACGACCCAAGCAAAGCCGCUGCAAUACUGUUUGCAAUACUCUAUGGCAUGACCACACUCCUCCACAUCAUCCAAAUGUGCCUCACGCGAAAGUGGUACUGUUGGGCCUUAGUCAUGGGAGGGCUCUGGGAGGUAGGGUGUAUUGACAUUUGUCCCGAAGUGGAUUCGGCGUGUACCGGCGCAGUUGGCUGACUUGGUCCAAACGUCCUUGCUGCUCUUUAUAUACAGACUACCGGAUACAUUCUUCGGAUUAUCUCGGUUGAUAAUCCGGAUAGCUCGGGAUAUUAUGUAUGGAACCUUCUUCUGCCUCUCCGACACCCUCCCGCCCCUCCAGCCCCUCCAGCCCAAUAUAAAUGCUAUCCAUAAGCCCCAAUGAAGUGCGGCCUCCCACACCUGCUCGGAGAAAGUUUUCCGAACUCAGGCUCUUCUGUCCCGCUGGCCUUGCGUUUCAUCAGAUUAUCCCUACUGUAACAAUCUUGUGCGAUAUGAUCUGACAUACUGGCUGCCGCAAUGGCCAAUUGCAGUCUCCGAUGUUGACCCUCAUAGUACUGGCGCCGGCAUGGAUUGCGGCGUUCGAUUACAUGACCCUCGGGCGCCUUAUCAACACGUUUUUACCCUCCAAAUCAGCCCUGGGCCUCCGAGCUCGUAGAAUAACGCUCAUUUUCGUCCUCUUUGACAUCCUGUUAGUGGAUUUUUUUUCUUUUCCCCUUCCUUCCUUCCCUUCCCCGCCACCUCCGUCCCUAAUCUCCUUUCGAUGUACAAGUCCCUGGCAUGUACGGAGUGAACAUAGGGGAGUGGCUUUGCCAAGGACUUUCAACUCCGGGAACCCCCGCUGUGUUCAGUCCGCUCGUGCCAGGGACCUGUAUAUUAUAUUAUAUUAUAUUAUUUAUUCCUGUGCGACCCCGGAGCUGACAACAUGCUUUUUUCUCUUUCCUUUCCCUCUUCCAGUGCCUUUGUGGUGCAAGGCUCCGGAUCGGGUUUCCUGGUUUCGUCCGACGGGGACAACUUUCAGAUAGGGUCGUACAUACUCAUUGGCGGAUUGACGCUGCAAGUGAUUGCAUUUGGCUUCUUCACCAUCACGGCAGUCAGGUUUGACAUCAAGUAUAAGAGGGAGUUUGGGGUUGAAGGGAGAGAACGGUUCGCCGCGUUGUUGUAUUGCCUAUAUGUCAGUUGUCUGUGCAUCUUGGUGAGCCUGUUUCAUUUUAUUAAAUUUUCACUUUUCCUCUCCUGUUGGCUUGGUUCGCGGAAUAUUAUCAUCAUCAACCUAGCACUCUCCCACCCCUCCCCGCAUGCGGGUUUGCGGAACCGGGGAUCGAGGUCGGGCUCGGGGUGUGUGCGGGUGUUUGCCCUAUUUCAAAUCAUAUACUUGUAUAUGUGUUUUUUUUCCUUUUUUUUUCCCCCUUCUUCCUCCCAAUCUCGUUUGCCGGGGUGUGUACUCGAGUAUCUCCGUGUUCCCCUACAACUCCUGAUCACAUGGAGUCGCGUCGCAUGGUGACCAUCUACGGUACGCAAGGAGAAGGUUAUCCAUUUGUUGUCGAUACCGUGUACAAUGAACCGGGGUGUUGAUGCCAACCCGAUGGAAGACUAAGUGUACCGGCAGAGUGAGGGACGAGUACCGUAGGAGGGGUGGGAGAAGUGAUGAAUUCGAUAACUCGUAUGAGUUGUUGAAAGUCUCACUCGGCCAAUCCAGGUCCUCCUUGCGGUAUCUCGUACAUUACCCACCGUUCCUCCCCCUCCCCCCAUCACAUCUCCAUUCAUCCCCUCCCUUCGCUUCAGCCACGUUUUAAUUACUCGAGUACAAUUUUCUUUCCCAAUUUUAUUUCCUGCUCGUGCAUCCUCUUUCUUUCUUAUCGGUCACUCACUCCCUGCAGCUGAGCCGAAGGGAAGGGAAGCGAGAAAACGGCAGACCCCCCCCUCCUCCCUCUUUUGUAGUAGUACACAGCAACUUUUACUGUAGCUGAAAAUGAUCUAACCCGACUUUCCGUUGGAAAAAAAAUUGUUUAGGUCCGCUCGCUCUUCCGAAUCGCAGAAUUCGCAGAGGACUAUCCGGGAAGGUUGAGCAAGAAUGAGGUAUACUUCUACGUGCUGGAAGCAGUGCCGAUGCUACCAACACUGAUAAUGUUCAAUUUUUGGCAUCCCGGGACGGUGCUCGUGGGAGCGGGGAGUAGUUUU